GAGAGAGCGACUACAGCGCUCGGUCCCAUAUGUGGUAAGAGAAGAGAAUCAGAGCGCUGCACACCAGCAGCUCUGUCUCCAGCUCGGGGGAUUAUUUUGUGUCCAGAAUCUUGCGCAGGAAAUACAGUUAUGAACUGGGCUGGGUGUGCUGGAGACUUUGCUGGAGCCCGGGUCAGCCAUGGAGAGCAGCCGAGCAGACACUGACCUGGACCUCACCGCAGAGAAACCGCCAUCUCCGCAGAACAGCUCUCCAGAAUGCUGAGUCCUGUCGUCCCUUACAGCCUGUUGAAGAUGCACUGGACCCCGGAGCACGCUCAGUCUGUCAGACACUGGCCUGAGCAGCACCUGGACGUUUCCUCCACCACCUCGUCCCCCGCCCACAAGCCCGAGCUGCACGGCGGGCGGGGGCGGAGCUACAGCUACGCCUGGGCCAAUGACGACAUCUCGGCCCUGACCGCCUCCAGCCUGCUGAAGCGCUACGCGGAGAAGUACUCCGGCGCCCUGGACAGCCCCUACGACCGCGCCCCCAUGGGCGGGUACCCCGAGGCGGGGCCAUUCGGGCCCCUGAACGGACAGAAGGUCGAGUUGGACCCCUGGCCCCUUUCGCACGCCGCUGAGGGGCCGUACACUCUGGCCCCGCCCCCCGGCCACGAGAGCCUCGGGGGGGGCAAGGUGGCGGGGGCGGGCAGCGCGGGGGUGGCGAGCAACGCCCUCUCGGACCCGAGUUAUGGCUCGUGCGGCGCCCCCUCCACCCACGACUACGCCCCCGCCUACAACGGCACCUACCUCUCCUCAGGCUAUUGCCCCCAGCCCGGGACAGCACUUCCGCCCGCCCCCCUUCACCCCCUGCAGCCUGCCCCCACCCUGGUACCCAGCUACACGCCCCCGGGUCCUGUCUACAACUACCCCAGCAGCAGUUACCCCCACCAGCCCAGCCUGGCCCCCAGCUACACCCACGCCCCCGCCCCCUACCUGCCCUCCAGCCUGGCCGCCCCCACCCCCCUGCCGCCCCGCCCCACGGCGGUGGGGGGCAGCUACGGCUACCAGGGCCAGGGUUUAGGGGGGGUGGAGCCGAGCGGCGCGCUGAAGAGGAAGGCCUUCGAAAUGUCGGCGGAGGAAGAAGAAGGUGAGGGGUCCCGCUACAGGAAGUACGGCUAUGAGCACGCCAAGCCCGGCGGCGGCUCUCCCUACGGCGUGAGCGAGGUCAAGGCCGAGUGCCAUAGCAACGGGUUCGGACCAGCCAGCGCCGGCCCCCAGACCUUCAAACCCAGCAAGCCCCCGUCCCAGGCAGCUGGAGAGGAGCUGGGCAAGUUCGCUGGGCUGAAGCCCCUGGUGUCGCCCCCCUAUGGCGGGGUGGGCGAGUACAGCCCCCCGGCGGGGCUGACGGGGGAGAACGGGGGCGGAGACCACGGAUACCCACAGCACCACCUGGGCCCCAAGCUCCCGGCCCCCUGCAGCCAAUCGGGCGAGCUGCUGAAGGGCGCCGAGCCCCACCUCCUGGAGGUGGUGACGGGGGAGCUGCUGGAUCGGAGCCCCGCCCCUCCCUGGGCGGAGCUGGGCGCCGGGCACGCCCAGGCGAAGGCGGCGCUGGAGGAGGACCUGCUGUGGCCCGUUCUGCGGCCCGGCCCGGGCCGACGCCCGCCCAGAACCGUCCUGCUGUUCGGGCCGCGGGGCAGCGGCAAGGCGGCGCUGGCCCGGGGCGUGGCCUCCCAGCUGGGCGCGGCCUUCUUCCGGGUGAGCGGCGCCGCCCUGGCGUCGGAGUGGAAGGGCGAGGCGGACAAGCUCCUGCGGGCGCUCUUCUCCGCGGCGGCCGCCCGCCAGCCGGCCGUGGUGCUGGUGAGCCAGGCGGAGGCGCUGGUGGACGAGGGGGCGCGGCGGCAGCUGCGGUCCUGCCUGGAGGCGGCGCGGGCGGGGCCGGGGGCGGGGCCGGGCGGCCUGCUGAUCGCCAUGUGUGCCACGCGCCGCCCCGACCUGCUGGAGGACGCCACGCACCGCUGCUUCGCCAAGCGCUACUGCGUGGCGCUGCCGGAUGCGGGCGGGCGCAGGCAGGUGCUCCUGCAGGCCCUGGCCCCGCUCGGGUGCCGCCUCAGCGAGCGCGAGGUGGCCGCCGUCCUGCAGCGCACCGAGGGCUUCUCCGUCCCCGAACUGCAGCAGCUCUGCCAGCAGGCCUCCGCCUGCGCCUCCGCCCCCUCCCCCGCCCCCCUGCACGGCCUCCCCGCCCCACUCGCGCCCCCCGCCUUCAAGGAUUUCGAGAACGCCUUCUGCAAGGUGCGCCCGCACGCCACAGCCAAAGAACUGGACACCUGCGCGGAGUGGAGCAAGCUGCACGGCCAAUGAGGAGAGGGCAGGGAUAAAGGUGGGCGGAGUCAGAGCCGAAGAGUCAAGUCCGUCGUCUCUCUCUGUAUCAAGCACGAGCAAGUCGGAUCGCGCGGGGAGUUCUCUUAACCUAGUACUUAUUUUGCAGCCAAAAAGGGGGGUUGAAGAAUGGUUUAAAGGUGUGUUUCGGGUAAGGGUGGGAGGGGGUCCACGCUGGAUUUAAUCGAUAUAACACACCACCUCAUAAAUGUACAUACAAUUUUUAUUUUU